AUGUCUGACUACGACGAACCCGCUAGUCCGUCCAAACUCACCUUCCCCACAUCCGCUCUACGCGACGAGGUGAACCCGAGGCCACCACUACUAGCUCCCCCUGGCCCGCACGUAUACAACUCCCACCCCACCGCGCCCACCGUCCCCACCGUCGUCGCAUCGACUUCGAACGCCACAAACGGUGGCGCCACCACACCCAACAUCCAGUACCACGCAGGCAUACCCCCCCACUUCCGCAGUGGCCCCACCGAAUUCGUCUAUGCACACAACCAGCACAAGAAGCAACUGCCCUAUCCAACCUGGGACGACGAUGUCGCGCGCCACCCUGUUGCCUCGGGUUCGACGGGGAAGGCGUGGGCGCAGCCCAGGGGUAAGGGUAAGGGUAGGGCGACGAAGGCGACGAAGCCUAGGGACCCAGCAGUGCUCGCGGCCGCGGCAGAGAAGAGGAGGCUUGCGAAGGUGGCAGCGAUGGAGAAGGCGAAGGCGGGUGCAACGCGGAAGAGUUCGAGGAUUAAGGAUAAGAGGAAUGGCGGGGACGCGAACGGGGAUGUUGAGGUUCCAGUCGCGCAGGAUGUGGAGAUGGAGGUGGUGGUGGAGGCGGCCGCGGAGGAGGAGGAGGUGGUGGUAGCACCGGAGCCGCAGGCUGCCCCCGCACCACCAGCUCGUGCGUCGAGGAGGAACAAGCGCAAGGCUGCUGAGGACGAGCCUCGCACGCAGCCAGCGAAACGGACUCGGAAGGGUAAGAAGAUUGAGGCUCCCGUCGUCGACCCCACUCCCGAGGUCGUUCUCACCACAGCCCCCACCCCAGCCUCUUCACCCGCCCCCGACAUCCACAUCGAAGGCCCGACUCCGGGCUCUUCCUUCAUCUACAACGCUACACCCUCUGCGCCCAUCGACCCCUCUCUCCUCGUCGUCCCAUCCUCAUCUCGCAAACGUCGCCGGACGACAUCCCCUGCUGUCGACUCAAACCCCACUCUCCUCAGCCCUCAUGCGCCCCCGCCGAAACGUGCGCGUACGACAUUGUUCGCGACACGUCCCCGGACGGCAUCGCCUCCGAAAGGUCGUCGGACGGCGUCUCCUGCUCGUGGACACGUACGCUCUUCGAGCAACGAGAGUGUCGCGGCGCUCGCGACCGGGGAGAGCGACGCGACUCUGGCUGUGGCUGUGGCGGUGGCGAGUGGGAGCGGGAGUGGCAAUGGGACCGGCGAGAGCGACGCGACGGCGAUCGGGUCGCCUGUGGUCAAGGUGGAUAAGGGCAAGGGGAGGGCUUUGGAACCCGAAUUCGAUGAGGACGAACCGGAGGACGAGGACGAUGUCGAUGGUGACGAGACGGACGACGACGACGACGACGACGACGAGAAAGUGAGGCAUAAAUAUACCGCGACCACUCGUCCUUCGCCGAAUGGAGGACUGCCGACCAUUGUAAUCAUCCGUAGGCCCGCAUCGACGUCAGCAACAGCACCAGCACCUGUCGCAUUACAACCCCAACCCCAGUACCCAACGUUCAAGGAGCUACUCGCCGCUGAAAGGGCUGCCGAGGCCGCAUCAGCAUCAGCAUCAGCACCCGCACCCGCCGCGUCCCACUCUCCCUCCCACUCUCCCUCACCCGCGCCCUCGUUCGCGGGCCUGUAUGCUCUUGUUGAGGCCGCAGAAGUCCUGGAACGGGCGUCUGCGUCUCCACAGGCAGGACCGUCGACCCUCGCUCUUCCCGGCCCUUCUACCCUUCCCACUCCCCCACCCUCCCAUUCUCUUCCUCAACCCCUUCCCGAAGUCGAACCCGAAGCCGGACCCUCGACUUCUCACCCGUCCUCUCCAGCUCCACCUCUCUCUACGGAUUGGACCCUCACCUUUCCUGUUUGCGAGACGCGGGAAGAGAAGGCCGGGAUAAUCGAGGCCGCCACCGCCGCUGAGGCUGCUGCUGAAGUCGAGAAGGCCAGGAAGUCGAAGGGGAAGGGGAAGGCUCCCGCCGAACCUAAGCGCGUUUCGAAGAGGAAACGUGUAGCUGAGCCGGAGCCGGAGGUCACUGUCAUUGAUGUCGACGAGGAGGCGAUGGACGUCGACGUUGUGGGCGAUGCUCAGCCCAAGCCUGAGGUGGAGGAGCCACGGGCGAAGCGGACGAGGGUGAAGAGUGAGAAGGCGAAGUUGGUUGAGGCUGUCGAGAAGACUGGGGGUAAGGCGGUGAAGCCGAAGAGGCGUGCGACGAAGAGGAAGUAG